UAAAUUAUAAGUUCUAACGCUAGUGUCGAAUGUUCAGUAUCAUUUAUUUAAAAAAAUUAAUGGUUUACAAUGGUUACUAAAUCAACAAGUGCCUAAAUAUUUACGGAUAAGUUCUAGGUUUAAUUUUUUUUAAUAUUAAAUGCAUUCGAGAUGUCUAAAAACAAAAUCGCCGCUAGGAUUGAUAGCCAAAGUGUUGAAGUUAAAACCAAGUUUGAUGCAGAAUUUAGACGAUUUUCACUCAACAAGUCAGAGAAGCUGAAAUAUGAACAGUUCAAAGCUUUGAUAGAGAAACUACACAGGAUACAUGACAUACCCAUUCUCAUCAGUUAUACCGACCCAGGAGAUGGAGAUCUGUUGCCAAUAAACAACGAUGACAACUUUGCCCGUGCUUUACUCACAGCAAAGCCAAUGUUGAGAGUUAUAAUUCAAAGAAAAGGUGACAGCCUCGAAGAGUUGAAUGGCUACGGCACUAUCCGGCCUCGCAACAUCAUAUCGUCCAUACUGAGCGGUACUCCGGCCAAGAACAAGGGUCUGGCCAUCUCCAACCCACACGACUUUAGAAUGGUAUCGGCCAUUAUAGACGUGGAUAUCGUACCCGAGACCUGUCGACGAGUGAAGCUACUGAAACACGGCUCCGACCGACCACUGGGAUUCUUUAUCAGAGACGGCACGUCAGUGAGAGUAACCCCGAAUGGCGUGGAGCGUUCCCCAGGAAUAUUCAUAUCCAGGCUUGUGCCGGGAGGGCUGGCAGAGUCCACGGGACUGCUUGGUGUCAACGAUGAGGUGCUGGAGGUGAAUGGAAUCGAUGUCUCCAACAAGACACUUGACCAGGUGACUGACAUGAUGGUAGCCAAUUCCUCCAAUUUAAUCAUAACGGUACGGCCAGCCAAUCAACGUGCGCCCAUGAUAGACCGUGAGCCGGCUCGUACCUCACUUCCAUCCAGCGAGCACGAGGACGACAGAUUCGACCAAGAUGAACAGGACGAGAUUGUGGACCUGACGGCCGUCACGUUGCAAGAGCAGCCCGAGCAGACCUUCCAGCAGGUCGCGAGCAAAGACGAUGGCCAGAUACUGCAUCUGUAACAUAUCUUGCGCAGGUACAGGCGCGCUGUCAAACAACAUUAUAUGUACAGUCAAGAGCUCAAGUGAUUCCAACAAAUCAUUCACAUUCCAUUUAUUGUUUACAUUAUUUUGUGGUUGACUGUACCCAUAUAGUAUUACGAGUAACGUGAACAUUCCAUGUGACAAUAAGCAUUCCGUAUCCGUAGAAUAUUGAGAGUUAACUGUUAGGGUUUUGAGUCUAUAAUCGCGUGAAAUGUGGUCUAAUAAAGCACUUACACUAAGGCUAGUUUCAUGCAAAAUUAACUAAGUUAUUAAUAAUUAUUGUUAUUGAGACAAAUAUUUCAUAACAAAAUGGCUAACAGUAUAGUGAUAAUAUUUGGUGAUUAAAUUAUAUUAUUCAAAGCUACAAUUAAAAUAUUAUAUUUAAGAAGACACAAAUUUUUCUAUUAUUGUAGGAGGUGGAUGAACAUAUUUUUACAUUCACCAAUCAAUUAUUAUUGUUUGAAAUAAUCUAAAUUCCAAUUAUACAAUUAAUUUUUUAUGAUAUAUUUUGCACGCAAAUCCCAUUUUCUUCAAACAUAAAUAAACAUAACCGAUUCAUGGCUUUUUACUAAAAAAUACCGACGAAUUGAGAACCUCCUGCUUUUUUGAAGUCGGUUAAUAAGAUAUAUCUUUGAUUUCACUGACGAAAGUUACAAAACUUAUUUAAUUUUCAGCUAUGUUUAUAAAAAUUACAUUUAUAAAUCACUUUUAAAAAUAAAAUAUUUUGGUUGAUUGCUUACGGUAACUAAGCAAUAACAAAAAGGCUUAAAGACCUCUCACAUGCUUAUUAGAAUCUACAAAUGUCAAUUUAAUGUAAUCGUUUUUAUUGUAUAAGGUGCUUUUUUAUUCUGUCCGUUAAUUAUCCGCACCUCUAUUUUAACAGGUGUGGUGAUAAUUGGGUGAGAUAUUCGUUAGUUCAUAAAUAAACCACUAGAGGGCUUGGAAAAACUAUUUUUAAUGAAAAAAAGCCUUUUAUACAGUUAAAGAUCAAACGCUUUUAACAUUGUGAUUAUAUUUAUAUAAUAAUCAUUACGUAAGUACACAACUAGAUGUCCAAUCGCCUAUUAAAAGGUCGUCAAAAAAUGUCCUAACGGCGUUGAUAUUAACUUGUACAGGUAACAUUAAAACAUUCAUUAAAAUUAACACCCUAUUUCUUUGCAGUAAUGUUCAAAGUCUAUGAACGAAACCUCACAUUAACCUAUAUAGAUAACAUUAAAACAUUCAUUCAAAUUAAUACCUUAUUUCUUAGUUAAUGUGAGUUUUCGUUGAUAGGCUUAGAACAUUACAUUAUCCGUUUAAACAACAUUAGUUCAAAAUCUAUACACGAAAACUCACAUUAACUUAUACAGAUAACAUUUAAACAUUCAUUAAAAUUAAUACUUUAUUUCGUGACAGUAAUGUUCAAAGUCUAUUAACGAAAAGUCUGCCUAAUAGACGCGUAGGCAGAGUUUUGAUCGGACAAUUUUUGAGCGUGACUGUGAGUCUAUUUGUUUAUUGUAUGCGAAUGAUUAUAAUAAUUUAUAGCUACAUUGAUAUGUAUUUGAUAAUAACAACACAAUAUGAAAUAUUAGGUUUAUUACAAACGUUUGGCUUAAAACUAUCUAAUAUUUAAAAUUUCUGUGUUCAUAAUUUUUAACGGCUUGAUAGAUUUUGAUGUUUUUUUUGUACUUUCAUGGAUGGUUAUAAGCCGUAGUGUGUUUAAGUGCGUUAAUGUUAAUUCCGAACUUGAUAUUGUUCCUAUAAUUCUGAUAUUCAAAUUCACAAGAAAUGAAGCUAAAAUGGAUUAUUAUAGAUGUCUACAUGUCUUACAAGAUAUUAUAAAUAUUAUAACAUUACAAUUUGUCAUUUUAAAGUGAUAUUCCUCACUUAUGGGAUUAAUUAUUCAAAUUAAAUUUGUAACCAAAAUUUAGAUAUGAACGAUGCGGGAGUCGAAAUAAUUAGAUCCUGUAGAUGGAGCCACAACCUGAGAGUUGAACAAGACAUACCAAAAUUUACAAUCCAUGCGUCACUCGAACGGUUGACUCAGUUGGCUUACCAACUCAAGAGGCGCGGUUUCGAGACCCGCAUCUUUCAUAUAUUUUGGUUACAAAUUUAAUUUGUAUAUUAUAACAUUGUUUGUCCAUUUAAUGCUAUCUACACGAAAAUCGUAAAACAAAAUAAAUAGUUUUUGACGACAACGGAACAAAUCCGUAGAAAGCAUAAAUAACUUAACAAGGCGAAAUUGCAUAGUAUUGUUUGGAAGGCCAUUUAUUUGCCUGAGGGCUAAGUGAAAUUGGUUAUGAACAUUAAUGUUCGUAUUAAAGUAUCUAACCCUUACAUUAUGCAAUUAGUUCUUGUUUAGUUGUAAACGGUUUGUAUCUAUAUUUAGAUUUAUUUAUAUUGUAAAUGCAAAUGUGUGUGUGAUUAAAACGUUUUCACGUCCUCACUACUCGACCGAUCGAAGCUUUUCUUGUCAGGGGUACAGGAAUAAUACAUCCUGUAUUAUAUUUACCACGAAAAUUUAAGAUUUUCCGAGGGAGCGCGCAAUUCAACAAGCAUGAAGUUGCGAGCGGUAACUAGUGUUUUAUAAGUUGGCGCCGCUGCUGUUUGAUAAAAUUAUUUUUGCGGUAGAAACCCGAGGAUUGGCACAGGGAGGGUCCCCGUCAUAUAACCGUCUGCGUGAUGUUAGUAGGCAGUCGUCAGAUGCAAAUGGUACUUCUAAGGUUAUUCUUUUGAAGUAUCUGCCUCAACUUAAUGUCGCCUUCCCAAUAUUCGGGAAAUAUAAAAAAAAAUCAACUGAAUUACAUCAUUUGUGAUAUGUAUUUGUGUACUUAAUCGUGAAGUAUUAAAAACUGUUAAAUAAAGAAGAAUUAAGAAUUAUUACAAUAAAUUAGUAUAAGAUCCACUUCCUACGGAAGGUGCUAACGUUCGAGAGAUUUUGAGUUUAAAAUUGUUUAAAAAUUAUAAGAUGUUUGUCGAGAUCAAAAAAUAUAUAUUGACUACAAAUUAUUUGAGCGUCUCGGUUAUCCGGACUUGUCACGGGGUUACAUUAAAUUACUGAUCAUGUUUUAAGUUAAAACUUUAGUUCUACGACUUUUUAUUAAUCAUGCGUUUUAUUAUUAUAGUACAUCAAUGCUAUAUUCCCACAAAAUAACCGAAAAAUGUGUUCAGUGCACCACAGUGACACAUUGAAAUGAUGAAAUGAGAAGAUUGGCGUGAUUAAACCAAUAAAAUAAAAUAGCUACUGUUCAGUCGAUACCAUACUUUUUGUAAACAAACGUCAUUGUCAAAAUGAGUCCCAAUCAGGACGCUUUUGAUUAACGCAAUAUGCGCGCUUGUAAAAUUUGUGCUUCUUUUUAACACAUAUAUGUAUAGCGGGUUACAGUGUUUCCUUUUCGGAUCCCCAUAGCAGACUAGUAAUGGGAAAAUUAAUAAAAAGUCAUAGAAUAAGAGUUAGUAUGAUAAUGCGAGGCAAUUAGCCAAAAUUCUAUUUAUGUUUGAAUAUACAUCAUGAGUGCCUUGAAUCUCCAUUUUGUAGUGUGGUGGUUCCACGUAUUGUCAUUAGAUACUUUUAUAUAUAAUAUGAAAUAAUUUAUACUAUUAUUGAUACAUAGGAAUAUGUCAUAAUUUCAACGCGUUGGUAAAUGUGAUGAGUGUGAAGUGCCUUAUUUUUGUUUCAGAAUAUUAUGUAAAAAACAAAAUUUUUAUGUUACUAUAUUUAAUGUGAGCCGUGCCAAUAAAGAAGCGUUAUAAUUUUCGGUUGCAGCCUUCUAUCUUUGUCACACAAAAUCGGAUACUUUACUCGCACAAAGUACUGAACGCAAAACAACUACUUAAUUAUUUAAUGUUUUUGGUUUAUUAAAUAUUCACUCAACAAGAUUUAUUUUCUCGCAUUCUGUCAAAAAAGCAACACUGCUCCAAAAACUCUAUUUUGUUCUCUAUCUCUUUUCAUAUUGGUGCGGCUUAUAAAAGUACUUAGUAAUAUCAUUAAAUAGAUACUUUGUCCAUUAUUAAAUGGCAGGCUUAUUGUUAUAGUGCAGCAGCAGCAUUUGCAAAUUAGGCAAAAUAUAUCUACAGUUUAAUGUUGAACAAAAUCGCAUCGCUGAUAUUUAAAUUUAAAUAAUUUUGUCACUGAUAUAGAUUAGUAAAACAUUGAGGCCUAAAGUAGUGCCUUGAGGAACUCCGUAUGGCAAUAAUUUGUAUGAACUUCGUCUAUGUUAUGGUUUUGUAUAUUCUCUUUUAUAGAUUCGUUGUAAGUAAUGUUAUACUGUGUAUUAUGUAGUGAAAUAACUAAUAGUUUUAUAUCAAAUAAAAAUCAAGCCAGUUUUUGUAUUGAAAACCGUUAUCAACUUUUUAAUAACUGUUUUGUCAUACUUUUUACUAUGUUUGGAUCAAAGUAUUUUAGGUUGUAGAGCUUAUUUUACUUAUGAAUUUGGCUGAAGCGAAUAGAAUUUAUCAUUUAAAUGAUUUUGUUAAUUGUAAUUAACACAAUGCCUUAAGUAAAAAUAAUUUAAGGUACGACGCAUUAUAGAUAUAAACUUGCAAAUCUAAUUUAACAGCGCUGUAAAACUUUAAUAGGAUUUUGAUCGCUAAAUAGAACACAAAAUUGAAUUUGAAUCAUUUUCUAAUAUUUCGGACACAAUGCGCUUUAAUGAGAAGAAGUGGCAAGAAAAUCAAAACGAAAAUAACUCUUAUAACAUUUUACAUAUAAAUGAUAUGACUAAUUACUGUCGAGAUUUGUCGCGACAACGUGGCCGCAGAAGUUUUAAUAUAUUUUCAAUACAAAACUCUGUUGUUACUUAAAUCAUGUUACUAUCAAAGACUGGAUAUACUAGCGUAAAGAUGACCCAACAGCACUAGAAUGCGUGACCUAGCUAGGGGCUUACUAUUCGAAAUACUAAGGAGCUACUGCCAAGCGGGGGUGACUGUUUCCGACUUGCCAUUCAAAAUCGGUUAACUGUAGAUUCGCUUUCCUUUUCUAUCUUGCUGUAUCUCCAUUAGAUAUGUUCUUCUCUCUCUCGCACGCUUUGUUUGUCUUUACGCUAGUAUAUUGCCAAUCUUUGAUAAAACAUGUACCAUGAACUGGUCUAUGCGUUAUGCUUAUGAACGGGCCUGGCGUGCAUUUUGAAAAUACAAUAAUAGUCAUACAAUUAAAAUUAUCGAAGUGACUACACGUACGGGUACUGUACGAAUAAAUUAUAUUAAUUCAUACAUGUAUUCAUUUUUUUUUUAAUUACGACAUGUAGCAGGUGUAUUGAAAAUUUUUCUUGUCGUAGUUUAUGAGGCUGUCGCUGAUUGGUCUGUUUCUUGUAUUUAUUGUAUAGUCAUUAUUUUUUUAUUUAUGAAUUAGUGUAACCAACUAAUUGUUAUUUAAUCGAAUCUGCAUUUGUUCACUAGUAUGUCCCAAAAAAAAUUUUAGACUGUUGACCACAACCCACGAGCGGAACGUAGCGUGCCGCGGCAGCGGUCGACGAGUGCCAGAACUGAAUCGGCCCUUGUUCACUAGUAGGUCCCCAUAAGCAAAUUUAAAUAAAUUGUCUGUCCAGAAACCGUAUUAUAAAUUGUUCGUACAGUACCGGUAUUAAUAGACACGGCCUCGAAUUAUUUCAGUCGUUGAUAAAAUGCAUCUACUCGAUGAUUUUAUGAUUUUAUUAAUUACUCCAAUACGUUGAAACAUUUGAUUAAUAGUUUAAAUUAACAUUUACAAAUUAUUUCAAUAAAGAAGUUGAGAUGUUGAUUUAAAAGAGCAGCAAUGAUUUAAUUAAAAAGACACUUACGUUGACUUUCAGAAAUGUAAUUUUUGACGUAGGUACGUGAAUGAAUGAGUUUUGAUUGAUUGAUUAAGUCUGACGUUCGGAAAUUUUCAUACAAUAAAAUCACAAAUAUGAUAAGAUUGUCUUAAGUGAAUAAAUAUUAAUUGAAUAUUGUGAUUCGAUAGGCUUUUGUAAAUCAACCCAAAGUUAUACUUUGUCCGUUUAUUAUUAAUUAAAUCUGUUUUUUUUUUUUCGCUUCAGCCAAUAUUUUUUAAUAAAGGUGUAGACAUAUGUAUAUGUUUGUACGGUGUUUUACAUAUUAUAUAGAUAUGCAGAAAUCAUGAAUACAUUUCCCAUUUAUAUUUAUUGUGAUACAAUAUUAAUUUAUUUUAUUGUUAUUUGAGUAUUUUGUUCUCCUUUAUAAGUUUUUCUGAUAUACUUAAUCUGAUAAUGACAAUCUGACACGAACUCUGCUACAAUAUGAAUUUAAAAUUCAGAAUUACGGCCGAGAUUUUUUUCCCCUAGAGGUUUUCGCGUCAAAAAGUGAGCGCGCUGAGCAUAUUUACUUUCCGGCAUUGAAUGAGACUGACCUGUCACGCUCUGCCAUGUAACGCUCUUUUGGGUACUUGGCACUUUAAACUGGUGUCAGAUGGUGAAAUAUUCUUGCUGGUAUAAACUGAAAAAACCUCCACGCAAUUCCUGGCUCGAACCAAUCAGAGAGGAUUGGAUCGUCAUUGAUUCUAAUCGCUUUUCGCCACCACCUUAUGUAAUUUAAAAACACAUUAAAAUUUAAUAAUAACAACAUACUCAAAUGACAAUUUCUCAAUUGCAAAGCCUGAUUAUAUUAGAAUAAGAAUAAUCAACUUUAACGGGCCUAUUAUACUGCAGUCCGUAAAGAAAAUACUAUACAAUUCCAACGCUAUCGGCUAUCUGUGCUUACAGGUUAUUGGUUAGCGUAAAUUUUAGCCUUCCAUAAAGCCAGUGAGAGCGAGCGAGCAAGCGAUAUCGACAAUACUCUUCUUACUGCACCUGCAAGCAUUGCCGUGGUUAUUAUAUAUAUUAUACAUUAAGUAAUAAUAAUUUUACAACAAAGUCAAUUAAGAAACAAGUAUCAAUGUAUUAUUUAAUGUACUUAAAAUGCAAAUAAUGAAUUUCAGUUGGCUCAAAGUUUUGGUCCAAAAUUUUGUUAGUUGAAUCAAAUAUUUAGAUGUUAUAUUUACAGUUAGUUGGCAACACUCCACCUGUGUUGUUUGUAAUUAAAUAUUAUUCAUAUUGUAA